AUGGAGUGCCCCGGAACAGCAAAAGAGCUUUCGCAAGCACCGAAGAACGUUACCGAAACCCGAUUGCGCCUCAACAACGUGGACAUUCAGUUGAUUCUUCUCGUUGCACUGGGAUGCCUUGGCGUGCGGGAUAGGCCACGCACCAGCUCUACCUCUCGCCGGAACCGCCUUUUGAAGCUGAGCGCCGUUUACAUACAUUCGGAUGAGACGUUGCUUGUGGCCGUGCACGAGGCGCGGCUGCAGUAUGCGCUUGCUUUUCUACGUGAUGCUCUGCUCUUGCUCGUGCCACGACCCGCCUUUACUCAUGCGCUCGUGCUCGGUGGCCAGGACCCCACGCACUAUCAACUCCAGUCGCGCGUGCUGGAAGGCACCUAUGCACCGGCAUGGGAGGAAAGCUUUGCCUUGGCCCGAUAUGUAGCCGAUAAUGAGUAUUAUCCAGCGACCAUCGCCUCCGUCAGCAUUGAUACGGAAAGUGUGACUGUCAUUUUCAAGGGCUACGAGGAUGAAGGCGAAAUGGAAGUAGCCUGGGCUGAUGUACAAGGCGUGACGUCACGAACAUCCCGUCCGCCCAGCUCGAGCUCUCCACUGGACAUGGAGCUCACUUCGUCAACCGGCAGCUUUGCGCUCCCCACUGCUGCCGUCCAAGAACUAGAACUGGAGUACCAAGACCGCCGCGAACCGUUGAUGACGCGCAUGCUGGAAGAACAGACAGAAUACGUGCGCCGCUUGCGCCAUCUCACCAAAAGUUUUACGGAACCCUUGCUUUUGGACAUGACGUCCGAAGAGCAUGGCCUGGUCUUUAGCAACAUUGAAGUGCUAUUUGCCAGUGCUGUCGAUUAUCUUAAAGCCAUCAAUAUGUCCAUCGAACACGAGAGUGCUGUCGGUUUGAGCCUUUUGACGCUGCUGGACAACGCUUCCAAUGACUACCUCGUAUAUGCCACCACCUUACCUCAGGCCGAAGCCAAGGUGCAAGACUUGCUGAGUGGCAAGUCAGACUUUGCAGCAUUUGUGCACGACCGACAGCGCACCCAUCCCGAUGAGCCCACACUGCUGGAGCUUCUUCGCAUACCCCUGGAGCACGUGUCCCAGCUACAAACUCUUAUCAACUCACUGCUACAAAUUGCCACCGAAUCGGAUGAAGACUUUUUCGCUUUGCAACAAUUUCAGGACAAGCUCAACUCUGUUCGGCGCGCAAUGAUAUCGGCUCGGCGAGAGUCUGCGGAUCAGCUGGCCAUGCACCGCAUUGGUACAAUUCUACAGCUUGAUCCCAGCUUUUUAAAGUUACAACAUGCUGGCCGCAAAUUCCUACGCCAACUGUUUCUCUUCAACGACGUCGUCAUCGUGACGCAGCCAACAUCAAACAAGGCGCAGCGCUAUGUCCCAACGCCGGAGGUGCCGGUUUUAUCGCGGGACAAGCUUCGGAUUGACUUUGAUGAGAAUGUGCCACAUAUUUACGUCACCCACGAAGCGACUUCACUGCUUCUCAAAGCCGAGACGCUCGAGGAGAAGGAGCGCCUGGCUCGCUUGCUGGAUCGCAUACCCACGGCUGCAGGUAGCAGCCCCAAUCGUGUGGUUAAUCAUGAGGCCUUGCAGCCCAUCGAGCCUCGGCCUCGCAUGUUACAGAUUGAUGGCUCGGGCGGUGACUUUGGAUUCAGCCUUCGUUCUGACAACCCGGGUUAUGUCGGUGAAGUUCAGCCAGAUGGGCCCGCAGCGCGAGCGGGGCUCACCAGUAGCGACUGCGUUGUCAGCAUUCACAGCUUGAAGAUUGAUAGUCUCUCUCACGACGUACGAUCGACGCCUCCUUUUUUGUGCUGCAUGCAGCCCUUUGACCCUGAGGGCCUGAUGGAAUUGGUGGCGCUCAGCCGCAACGUGAAUCUUCGUUUGAUUGUCUGCAAGGCGCUCUACACUUGUCAACUCUUGCGUGCGGAUCACAACAACUUUGGCGUAUCCCUCCGUGGUUGUAACCCGGUCUACGUCUGCGGGGUACAACCGGGUGGACCGGCUGAAAAGGCAGGCUUGCGGCUUGGCGAUCGGUUGUGGAGCGUGGAAGGGAUGGAUAUUCGCAACUCAGAUGUGGCAGGCGUCGAGCGCGCAUUGCAAAAGUGUGGCAGCCAUGCGGCUAUUGUGGUGGAACCAACCCUCCGCACGCUUGUCGUGCACAACUCGUCACGCGGCUAUGGCUUUUCGCUUUGGCAGCCAUCCCCACGCAGCCUGGUGAGCAUCAAAUCCAUCCACCGAGACGGGAGUGCACGACACGCUGGCCUACGCGUCGGUGAUCAAAUCUGGUCCAUCAAUGGAACCAACGUGCGACAAGAGCCUCUGGCCAAGCUCGAGGCACUGAUGGGCAAGCAGUCUCACAGCUUGGAGCUAGUGGUGAUCUCCACGCUUAAAACAGUGGAAUUGCGUCGACCUGUUGCUUCAACAUCCUAUGGUUUUGCCCUGGCGGGCGAGAAGCCAGUGCGUGUAUCUGAGAUAGAUGCCAAAGGCCUGGCAGACCAGUGCGGCAUUGUCAAGGGCGCAGCUAUCUGGCUGGUGAACAACAACAAUGCACUCGAUCUGACACACGAUCAAGUUGUACAGUGCAUGCGUCAGCGUAGCGAAUACGUGCGCUUGGGGAUACCCCUUUAA